ACGCCUAUAAGGGUCCUUCAGCGCCUCUGCAUUGUUAAGACGAAACUCGCGACGCUGCUCGAGUUGCCGGGGAGCGUCUGUUGUACUUACAGAAAAUAUCAUCUAAAACGCUGAAAUCCAACUGUAUCAUACAAAUAUAUCUUUCAAAGCUUUGAAAGUAAAGAUGCCAUCAGUGACCACUGGCGAAAAUGCUGUUCACUCCUCCAGUCCUGAUUUGGCCGCUGCGCCAUCUGAAGCCCUCAAGCAAGUCCUUGGUGUAAUUGACAAGAAGGUCCGCAACAUGGAAAAGAAAAAGAGCAAGCUGGAUGACUACCAGACAAGGAAGAACAAAGGAGAACGUCUCAACCAGGAUCAGCUGGAGGCUUUAUCUAAAGCUCCAGAGGUGGCACACAACUUGGACUUUGCCCGUGAGUUGCAGAAGAACUUCCUGGCUUUAAAUGUGGAGAUCCAGAAAACGGUGAAAAAGGUGGCACGACGGGAGCAGCUGAAGAGGGAGGAAGUGGAGCGCAAGCGACUGAAAGCAGUGCUGGAGGUGCAAUACCUGCUGGAGCAGUUGGGGGAGGAAGGCGUGAGGCAGGACCUGACUCAGUCCAGUGGGGACGCCCCCGUACUCACUGAGUCAGAGCUAUCGGGCCUGGAUGAGUUCUAUAAGCUAAUUGGGCCUGAGCGGGACUCUAGUGUAAGGUUGGCCGAGCAGUUUGAGGAAGCAUCCAUGCAUUUGUGGGAGCUUUUGGAAGGAAGGGAUAAAGCCGUGGCUGGAACCACAUACAAAGCCCUUAAGGAAAGCUUGGACAAGAUGCUGCUAAGUGGGUACUUUGAUCGUGCUCAAACAUAUGAGAAUGGAGUGUGUGAAGAGGAAACAGGAGCCGCAGCAGCAGAGUCAUCAGAGAGCGAGGAACGCCCUGCUGAGCCAGAGGGAACCACUCAAGAAUACACAGAAACUAUUGAGGUUGAAGCGACAGAGUUUGUAAACAGACAGUUCAUUCCAGAAACCACCUACAGCAGCGAAAAAGAACAAGGAGCAGAGUGGAACACAAGUUCUCAGGCAGUAAGUGCCCUCCAGCAACCACAGCAGCCACCUUCAGCCAUGAGCCCGGCUCUGGUCAGCUCAGAACCACACACACUGAACGCCGUCCUCCCACCCCCUGCAAGCGAUCCCGUGGUCCGAAAGCAGGCAGUCCAAGAUCUCAUGGCUCAAAUGCAGGGUACCUUCAACUUCAUGCAGGACUCCAUGCUGGAGUUUGAGGGUCCGCCUCUAGAUCCUGCUAUCGUGUCUGCGCAGCCCAUGAAACCUGUGCAGAUGGGCUGUCCACCAGAAUCUCGACUACCCCAACACAAUGUUCUUUCUGUGCAGCCUGAACCCACGCAAGUCCCGAUGGUCUCCGCUCAAAAGGAGACCUACUCCUCCACACCCCCUCCCUAUCAGCCCCCUCACAACUCUGAACCCCGACCACAGACAGACUCCAUUGACCCCCUGCAGGUCUCCAUGCCCCUGUCGUCUGAACAGACCCCCACCCCUUCCUCUCAGCCCCAGGUGUUUCAGCCUGUCUCCAAACCCCUUCACAGUGGCAUCAACGUUAACGCAGCUCCAUUCCAGUCCAUGCAAGCGGUAUUCAAUAUGAAUGCUCCAGUUCCUCCAACCAAUGAGAUGGACUCUCAAAAGAUUUCCAGUCAGUAUCAGGGUAGCUACGGUCAAGGCUUCAGUGCACAAGGCACGCUUCCAGCUGAGCAGCAGGAAAUGCCUCAAGAAGCCCUCCAGUCAGUUGGCCCUUUCCAUGCUCAAGACCAAGGUAUUCCAUCUGCAGGGGGACACCAGGCUGCAUCUCAGCAGCCCUCGGGGCAGGGCACAGGGUUUGGGCGACCAGGACAGUCCUUUUACAGCAACAGAGCAAUGCCACGAGGUGGACCCAGAAAUCCCAGAGGGGCUUUGAACGGCUACCGUGGACAAUCAAAUGGAUUUAGAGGUGGAUACGAUGGAUCGUACCGUGCUCCAUUCCCCAACACUUCAAACACCGGAUACGGUCAAACUCAGUUCAGCACUCCGCGAGAUUAUUCCAACAACACCUACCAACGGGAUGGAUAUCAGCAAAGCUUCAAGCGAGGAGCUACCCAGGGACCUCGAGGUUGCUCUCGAGGACGAGGGGGAUUGUAUCGGUCCAGCAGAGGAAUGGGUCCCAUGGCUGCCCAACAGAUCAGCUAAACCCAGUCCUUUAGCCAUUAUCAGCACUGUUCCACCCUUUUAUCUGCUCCACCCGUUUGGACUCUCAAACACGAGCCAUGCCACUCCAGACCAUGUAGUUAGAUGACCGCAUCUUAGCAAGUAAGGACAAAACCAAUGGAUUUGGGAAAAACACUGUAUCAAUGAGACGAUAGCACUCCCAGUACUGUAAUUGCUCAGAGCUCUCAAAGCUUUCUCUCAAUCAUAUGCUAUUGCACAGCCUUUACACAGUUGAGACAGAACACGUGCCUUUGAUUAUGGGUGUCUGGAUUUUAAUUGAGCUUGGUGGAAUGACGACUUGGUAGCUGGAAACAGCCGCUAGAUCAUUAAUGUGAAGUACACCGUAUACCAAAGGCACUUAGUUUUUGGCCAAACGAACUGUUAAGUGAAUGUGAAAAAUUUACUUGUACUUACUGUAUUGUAACAUGAUUUUUCUCUUUUUUUUUUUUUUUUUGGCUCAGCCAAAUGGUUUACAGGAAAUGCAUUGUACUGUAUGUGGCUGAAUGACUGCUUCAUUGUAUUUCUUCCAAUCAAUGUUGAUUAGAAUUAAUGCUAACUAAUAAAUGAUUUUUGAAGGACAA